GCCGAUCCCUGCUCUGACAACUGCCGGUUCUCGGCAGUACUUUCCUCACUCUAUGACAGUGUGAGGAAAGUGCAGCCAAGAACCAGCAAUUGCAUUUCCCGAUGAUCAGCGUGUCAUUGGACGCAGGUGAUCCUGUGCAGCUAUCACAGAGCAGAUCAGCACUGAUCAUCAGGACACUGAUAAUCAGUACCCAGCAGUGCCACCCAGCAGUGCACAUCAGUGCUUCCCACCAGUGCCACCCAUCAGUACCGCCCAGCAGUUGCGCCCAGCAGUGCCAC